UCUUGCAGGCCUGACAAGGGGCUCAGGCUGGCCCCCGUGUCCCCCGCCCACGCCACGCUGCUCAACGACACCUGGAUGUUUGGGGGGAAUAGCUGGAGCCUGCGGUACCUGUGCCUCCUGAUCCGCCACUUCCCCAACGCCUGCCUGCUGGGCCCUGAGGGGACCCCCAUCUCCUGGUGCCUCACCGACCAGCUGGCUGCCCUGACGCACGGUUACACCCUCCCGGAGCAUCGCAGCCAGCACCACACGAGGCCCAUGGUGGGGAUGCUGGUGGCACAGUUGCAUGCCCGCGGAUUCCCUGUUUACACCCGGGUGCUGACCGACAACAAGGCUUCACUGCACACCCUGCAACGCCUCGGCUUCCACAUCCUGCCCGGGGUAUUCUACAUGCUGGUGGUGAUGCCCCGGUUCACCCAGUCCCAGCCAGCCAGUGGCCUGGUGCCAUAACUAUAAAGAGAAGGGUAAUAGCCCUCCUGUGUAAAAUACUAUAAAA